GAAACAAGACGAAAACCCAAACCAAUAAUUGGAAAUAACUCAAAAAAAUACGCAUAAAAAACAGCAACAAAAGAAAAUGUAUACUUGAACUGAAGGUGCGAACAAAUGUUUUGGAAAUGUGUGAACAACCUGGGCCAAGGAGCUGCAAUAGCCACAGUCACAGUCAAAGUUAUAAUAGCCAUAACGAACAGACAGCUCUAAACAAUUAUGAAAUUAAUAGUCUCUUAAUUGGCCGCGAUUAUUGAAAACAAAAAACAAAUAUCGGCAGCACAUUGAACCAGCCGCCGAAUUGUGAACAGCAUUGAACUCGGUGAAAGCAAAGAAAAUACCGUGAAAAGUGAAAAGUGUGUGAGUGUGGGACAAACUUAGCAAAGAGUUUGGCAAAUCAAUUCGAUUCGCUUUGAUUCGACCUUCAGCAACAGCAACAGUUCAUUGGCUGGCCAUGAAGCACGAGAAGAGUCUAGCGUUGACCGCUGCCUCCAAGCAGCGACAACAACAGCAACCACACUUGUCCGAUGCCUCCAAUCCACGCAGUCCCAUCACCAAGGCCUUUGACUUCCUCCCCUGGCCACGCAGUCGGAGCAAAGCAACAUCUGCUGCCGCCGCAGCGAUUGCAACUUCAACAGCAGCGUGCAGCAAACUGGGUGAACAAACACAAGCGAUGGGCGACAAGCCAGCCGAGGUGCACUAUCACAGGAAUAUCUUUCGCAGCGGUGGUGGCUUAAUACGCGACAUUCUCGUCGGGGACAAGGACAAACCUCAUAAGGAGAAGCCACCGCAAUCGCCGCUCUCGGUGGCGAAGAAGGCGCAACGCAAACAGAAGCAGCUGGCACGCAACAAAAGUCUCGACAUACGCGAGUUAAUUGGCUGCGUAGAAAAUGAAAACGAACUGGCGCCUCGAGCUUUGGUGCAAUCCUCGUUGGCAGCGCAGCGUUUCCUCGAUGACACCUACAUCGACAGUAAGCCGCGUCACAUACUCUUCAACGACGACGAGAACACGGUGUAUCUCAUCAAGAAGGAGCAGCCGGUGGCAGCAAGCAAAGCGCAGCAUAAGCCGCAGCAGCCCACGAGCAAUGGCAAUGGCAACAGCAAUGGUAACGGCGAUGUGCUGAAGGCGCGUCUCAAGUUCAAGCGGUUGCCCAGCAACCACUACGCCGCCUCGCCGGAGGCGUUGCGUCGUGCACAGCAGCUGUAUCAACGCUCCGAGCAGCGACACAUGUUGCAGCGUCGCAAGAGUCUCAGUGAUGGUUGCUCGCAUUACGAACAGCAGAGUAGCUCGAGUCUGAGCAGCGGGGGCAGCAAUUCGGCUGGAGGCAUUAUGCUGGAGCGGCCCAAGACGGAUAAGCCGCGUAAGAAGCUCUCUUUUAGGGAGCCCAUCGAGGCGGGUCUCUCACCCGUUGUCGUGCUGCUCGCCGAGCAGCAGCAGCGCAGAGCAGGACAACGACAACAGCAACAACAACACCAGCAACAACAACAAGAACGUCAGCGACGUCGCAGUUCGCCAUUGGAGCGCACAUCGAUGGGGCACUGUGGGUCGGACUGUGAUAAUUUAUGCAAUAAUCGCACAAAGGAUGCAAUUUCCUGCGCCGGCAAUGCGGCAAGUGAUCCCGAGUCUCAGGCCAUGCGCAUUGUGCGCACCGUCGGACAAGCCUUUGAAGUGUGCCACAAAUUUAAUCUUCAUAAGAAUUCCCUGGAGCCCAAUGACGAACGCUCCGAUGUCUCAUCGUCGGAGCUGCUCGAUGUGGAGCAAAUAAGCGAGCAGCAGCUCAGCGAUGAUGGCGGACUCUGUGUCCUCGCCAGCGAUACGCCAAAGAAAGAUCACUUGGCCAUAACGCCCGAUUUGAACCACACGCAACCACAGAGGCCAAACCACUUGGAGCUGCUGCCAACACAGUCGAGUCUACGCAAAUCGCCCAACUUGCUGUGCGAUGUGGAGGACAAAUCACCAGGAUCGCCGUCAUCACCGCGCACUGAGAUUACACAGCUGAAGGAUCAGCUGGAAGCACAGGCACAGCAGACGCGUCAGGCAUUGGGACAAUUGAUGCUAGUGCGUGAGCAGCUCAUCUCGGAGACAAAUGCGCGCAUCGAGGCGCAGGCGCGCACUCAACAGCUGCUGCAACAAAAUCGAGAGUUACUCGAACAUCUCGCCUCCUUGGGAGCCUACAACGAGCAACAGAGCGCCGGGCUGACCUCGGCGAACAUUGGAAUGGCACCACAGCAGCAACAAUCGCAGCUGCAAUUGCUGUUGCAAGCGACCAGCAACAACAACAAUUUGGCCACCAUCAAUCAGCAGAUCAACAAUCUGGGCAACAUCAAUCAGCAGCUGACCUCACUAAGCCAUCAGCUCAGCGGUCUCAAUCAGCAGAGCCAGAAUCUCCAGAAUCUGCAGAGUCUGCAACAGCAACAGCAACAACAACCGUCUUCCUCGGCAACUUCCUCGCAGCAAUUGACGCCGCCAACACCGCCUGUAGGCGCUAGCGGUGGCAGUGUUUUUCCCUCUAUGAGCCAACUGCAUGGCAUCAGCAGCCAGUUACAACAACAGCAACAACAACAGCAUCAGGAUGCGCUCUCCAAGGAUCUGUUUCAGGUCAAUCAGGAGCUGCUGAAUCGCUUGCAGGCGCUGAAUCUUAAUGCGAAUGCAACGCAGACACAGCAAGCGCAGCAGCAGACACAGCAAACGCCGACGGCAUCGCCGCACAACUCGUACUUCUUUGUCAAUCCGUUGUCCUGCACACCAGCCACGCCCUCAGCCCUGAGCAAUAACAACAACAACAACAACAAUGGCGCAGCAAAUGCAUUCAACUUCCUGACAUCACCAGGUGGACUCAAUGCGGGAACUUUAACGCCAUCGCCGCUGGGUACGCUGAAUCGCAACUCGUUCACGGGCAGCACUUCGCUCAACGAGGACCUGCGUCUGAGCAUCGAGCAGAACCUCAACAAUCUGGAGGAACAACUCAAGGUGGCCGUCUCCAAUGGCAAUCUCGCUGGCUUGGCCUGCGGCGGCGGUUCAACUGGCACUCGCGACACGAGUCGCAGCUCCUCGACGCUGGACUCGCCUUCGUCGCCCCGGCAACGCAGCAGCAAUAACAAUCUGAGUCCGGGCAGCAGCAGCCACAGCAAUAGCACCAGCAACAACAACAACAACGGCAACGGAAACGGUAGUAAUAAUAAUAAUAAUGCGAGGGAAACACGCUUCAAUACCGUGCUGUUGCGGGUCACCGAUGAGGCGGGUCACCAGCGUAAGCUGUCGGCCACGCCCAGUUUUAUCACUCGCAGUACCAGCGAGAAGGUGCCAAACCGCAGCCAAAUGAUGAGCCAAGUGCAGCGAACAGCCUGGGCCAGGCAUACCACAAAGUGAGGAGUGAGCGAUGGAUGGAUCAGCUAUUGAAUUAUGAAUUAUGAAUAGUAGUCCAGUUAAGCUAAGUUGCGAGUGUGUGAAUGAAUGUGACUAUGAAUGAGAAUUUGAGUGCGUCAGAGUAUGAGUAACAGUAUUAAAUAAUAGCGCAAAUUUCGUUAUACUCGUAGUUUGCAUUUUAAGUUUGUCGGCAGAACUUCUCUAGUCAUGCGAAAGUAUUUUUCAAAAACAUUAUCUACAGGAUACAAACUGCAGCAUAUCACAAAAUACUAUAAUUAACAUAAAAUUCUAGGAUUCAAGAAAAAAUAUAAAAAAAAAUUAAAUAAUUAUAUGGAAAAAAAGUAUUUUCUCUCCCCUAUUAAAGUGUCAAAAAAUGUGUAGUUAAUAAGUUCUCCCCUAAAAACUAUAUUUACGAAUAUUAUAGUUUAAAGAAAAAAAAACUAUUUUGUAAUUCGUUGUUAUUUAAUGUAAUA